AUUGAUUACUACAUGUGCUACUACAGAUCCCGUGGUAUUCCGACGCGUCCAUAACGCUGAGCUCUGUUCGUCAGCGCUAAAUGCCACUUUGUCCAUUCUUAUUCCCCCUCCCCCCCCAAGCAGUUAUUAUCGUUAUUGCUGCAACUUCGCCGUCUCGUCCGCCGUUUUCUUCGUCCCCCCUUAGAUUACAUCUUUGCGUGUUUGCAACAAUUUUGGCGUUGAAAUGGAUUUGCGAGAAAACCCAAGAACUUGAUCAACUCGCCUCUCGAUAUAAAAGGCAUCUUUUCGGCCCAACAACGAUCCCCCGUGCGCUGAAAAGGAAAAUACAGCCCUGCUGCAAAAGAUCUCCCCGCUGUACACUUGCUCCUUCGGUCCUCCCGCUCGCUCAGCGCCGAACGACAUUAUUUUACCACGACCUCCAAGAUGUCACCCACAAUCCGGCGCUUGAUGAAAGAGGCAGCUGAACUAUCGGAGUCAUCUUCUUCACCAUCGCCACAUUUUCACGCCCAUCCCGUUUCCGACUCGAAUCUGUUCGACUGGCACUUCACAAUGACGGGCCCGCCUGCUCCGUCCCCGUACGCUGGGGGUAUCUACCAUGGGCGCAUUGUUCUCCCGCCGACAUAUCCAUUGCGACCGCCAUCAUUCCGAUUUUUGACACCUUCUGGAAGAUUUGAAGUAAACCGCGAAAUCUGUUUGAGUAUCAGCGGCCACCAUGAGGAGACGUGGCAGCCUGCAUGGGGGAUCCGUACCGCGCUUACAGCUAUCCGGAGUUUUAUGGAUGGAGAUGCAAAGGGACAGCUGGGCGGCCUAGACGCCACGGAUGAUGUGCGCAGGAUGUGGGCCGAAAAGAGUCGCUCAUGGAAAUGCGACUGCAUGGAAGGAAGGACGAACGAGCAAGUCUUGAACGACUGGCGAGAGCUCUGCUUGCAAAAGGGUAUCUCCGUUGAUGAAGAAGGGAGGGAGACAGUGCCGGCAGAGCUCAAUUUGAGCUACAAGAAGUCGUCUGGACAAGAAGAAAAGGAUACACAAGAAGGAUCUGAUUCUCUGGGCCAGUCAGAAACAAUAGCGACUGUCUCGCAGAAGUCCCAGACAUCACCAGCUCAAAAUAGGGCCCCGCAAAACUCACCAACCUCCCAUCCUCAACCACAACCUCAACCCGCACAGUCAGAGGCUCCACGACCAACACUAAACAUCAGUCCUUCUCCUUCCACAACCGCACCUACUGUACGAACAAAUACUCAACCGAGCGCGUCUCACGAUAACCCCUGGCUGGACCGGGCUAUCAUUGGCGUAUUAAUAGCCUUGGUAUUUAUGAUUAUGCGAAGAAUUGCUGCUUCGGACCCUAUAUAACCUUUAUCUGCCACGAUUAGUUAUAAUCUAUCCAUUCUUCCUAUAUAUAUACCCCUUAUUAUUAUUUGAUAAUUUCCAUUAGUCUCUUCAAUAUGAGAUUCGGCGUACUAAAAAGGAGUUUCAUAAAUGAUAUAUUAGCACCAUUUUCAUUAUCAUGCAUUGGGAAUCCAGCAUUGGGCCAGAAUCCACUAUCGUUAUUGCUUCUACCAUGAUUUUAUAAUGCUUUGAAUUUAAUGUUGUGGAAUCAUUAUCAAACAGCUGUUCUGGUAGAUUCUCACAGACAAUUGGAAGCCAUUGGUGACAUAUAUCAAUUAUUAACGUC